GUCAAAAGUUUACACCACAAAAAGCUGAUAAUUUUUAGACUCAAUUUCGGUUUGUUUUGGUGCAUAUUGGUUGCGGUUUUUCUUUUUGACGUGAACAGCAGACGAAAUGGUCAAAGUUAAGUGCUCAGAGUUGCGUACGAAGGAUAAGAAAGAGCUAACUAAACAGCUCGAGGAGCUCAAAAAUGAACUUCUUAACCUGCGCGUGGCGAAGGUAACUGGAGGCGCUCCUUCAAAGCUGUCUAAAAUCCGGGUAGUGCGCAAAGCUAUAGCAAGGGUAUAUAUUGUUAUGCACCAAAAGCAGAAGGAAAAUUUGCGUAAAGUGUUCAAAAACAAGAAAUACAAGCCUUUGGAUUUGAGAAAAAAGAAGACACGUGCCGUUCGCAAAGCUUUAACUCCAAGAGAUGCAAAUAGAAAGACUUUGAAGGAAAUCCGCAAGAGAUCUAUUUACCCAACAAGGAAGUACGCGGUUAAAGCUUAACUGAAUUGAUAUGUUUAAAUAAAACAAAAUCAAACAAAACUUCUUUGUUAUUUUUUAUGCAACUUCGUUACUUGGUUCCGUUGUGUGCGUGUGCUUAAAAACAAAAAGAAAUAAAAUCGACUGUUUACCACGAA